AUGUUUGUAAAGCGCAGAAAGGUGGCCAACUUCAACAAUAACUCCUUUCUGGGUAACUCUAAUUACGAAAAUGCGAACGGUGGUGGCAGGACGAUGGUGAAGACACGCUGUGGCAAGCAUAAGGACUGUGCCGGCAAUGUUUCUCCAGAGUGUCUUCAGGUGGCGACGAACGUGACAGAACAGAAGCACAAUGUGUCACGGGAGUUGCGCGGCCAAAAUCUGGGCCUGUGCCGUGGCUUCCGCGGCUGUACGGUGUGGCUGACGGGGUUGAGCGGUGCCGGCAAGACGUCGAUCGCGUUCGAGCUAGAAGCGUUUCUCGUCUCGAAGGGCAUUCCCGCUUAUGGGCUCGAUGGCGACAACAUUCGUACCGGGUUGAACAAAAACCUGGGCUUCUCGCAGGUCGAUCGCGAAGAAAACAUUCGACGCGUGGCGGAGGUGGCCAAACUGUUUGCCGACAGCGGUGUCGUGUCGAUCUGCAGCUUCGUUUCACCAUUCGCGGAGGAUCGUGAGAUGGCACGCAAGAUCCAUAAGGAUGCAGAUUUGAAGUUCUUCGAGAUUUACAUCGACACACCGCUGGAAGUGUGCGAAACGCGCGAUACCAAGGGUCUGUACAAAAAGGCUCGCCAGGGUGUGAUCCAGGGUUUUACGGGGGUGACGCAAGCGUACGAAGCCCCGGAUGCACCCGAUCUGCGCGUCAGCACCGAAGGCAUGACGGUGCGUGAAUCGACGCUACGGCUGAUUAAGCUGCUGGAGGACGAGGUGAUCAUACCGAAGUUCAUCAAGGAGGACGAACCGCUGCCGGAGUUGUACGUGCCGGAGAGUUUGAAGGUGGCGCUCGAGGCAGAAGCGAAAACGUUGCCCUCGCUGUCAAUUACCGAGGUUGAGCUGCAAUGGUUGCAGAUACUGGCCGAAGGAUGGGCCUGUCCGUUGAAGGGUUUCAUGCGCGAACAGGAAUACCUACAGGCGCUGCAUUUUAACUGUCUGCUGAACGAGGACGAAACGCUGCGUGUCAAUCAAUCUGUCCCGAUAGUGCUUUCCGCGUCUGAGACCGAUAAGCAGCGUCUCGAAGGGGUCAGUGCCCUUGCACUGCAUUACAACGGGCGAGUGGUGGCGGUUCUACGCAAGCCGGAAUUUUACUACCAGCGCAAAGAGGAACGAUGUGCUCGGCAGUUCGGUACCACCAACGGUGAUCAUCCGUACAUCAAGAUGAUCCUCGAGUCCGGCGACUAUCUUGUUGGGGGCGAGAUCGAGGCGCUGGAGCGCAUCCAGUGGAACGAUGGUCUGGACGCUUAUCGACUAACGCCGAACGAGCUGCGGAAGAAGUUCCGCGAGAUUAAAGCUGACGCCGUGUUUGCCUUCCAGUUGCGCAAUCCCAUCCACAAUGGACACGCGCUACUGAUGAGUGACUGUCGGCGGCAGCUGUUGGAACGUGGCUUCAAAAACCCGGUCCUGCUGUUGCAUCCGCUUGGAGGUUGGACGAAGGAUGAUGAUGUACCACUGCCGGUGCGUAUGGCUCAGCAUCAAGCGGUGCUGGAUUCGGGAGUGCUCGAUCGCGAUCACACGGUGCUGGCCAUUUUUCCCUCGCCCAUGAUGUACGCCGGUCCGACCGAAGUACAGUGGCAUGCUAAGGCUCGAAUGAAUGCUGGCGCUAAUCAUUACAUCGUAGGGCGUGAUCCUGCCGGCAUGCCUCAUCCGGACAAGGCCCUCUACCCCGAUGGCAAUUUGUACGAUGGAACGCAUGGGGCGCGGGUGCUCAAGAUGGCUCCGGGAUUGGACAGUAUAGAGAUUCUCCCGUUCCGUGUUGCGGCAUACGAUAAAUCCUGCUCGCAGAUGGCUUUCUUCGAUCCGGCCCGCAAACAGGACUUUGAUUUCAUUUCCGGCACCAGAAUGCGAACACUUGCGCGCAGUGGGGAAAAUCCGCCCAAUGGAUUCAUGGAACCGAAGGCUUGGCAAAUUCUAGCGGAAUACUAUCAGUCACUGCAAAGAACGCAAUAG